AUACGAAUCCAUUGCUUGGCAAAGCGCGACUCUCCAGAAUCCACUUCAUCUUCACCAUUUUUAGAUCGAAAUUUAUGUUGUCUCUGAAAAUCACAGUUACGUUGGAGUUAAGUUGACCCACUCUUUCACAUUAAUAACCUUCAUUACUCCUUCCUUACAAGUUAGAGAUGUUAGCGUUCUGACUCCCAUUGUUCUUCGCUUUAUAUAAACUCCUUUGCAGAAUCUCAUUUACUACCUUUACAAAAUCCUUUCCUCUUCAUGUCAACUAUAAGCUAUUCAAUCGCCCACAAGCACAUACCUUUAGGGUUUCCAUUUCAGUUAAAGCACAAACCGAACGUUUUCACCCGAGAGAGAACGCAGAACUCGGUGACCCUAUCAAACCUAUCCUUUGUUUCGUCUUCGAAUCGAUCUGAUAUUGUCAUCCAAGUCGUGGAUCUCAAGCCUAUCCAAUCUAUAUACGUUAGUGAGAAUGAUGUAAAGACGAAAGUCAAAACUAUGUUUACAGCUCCACGAACACAUGAUAUGAUUCGUGAGAAGAUCCAGACCCUCGGUCUGAUUCAUCUCCUUUAUUUCACUGUUAACGACAUCUCAAGCAAAUCACCAACAUAUUCGAUGCUUGAUUUGUUGUUUUUUCACUUAUCGGUUGUAGCUGAGAUAAGAAGAUAUGGGUUUACAUUUUCAUUACUGCUGCAUGUAGGAGCUGGGUUAUUCAUUCUCUUACAUGUACACUCCAGAAUACCCAUUACAAGAGAUGCUUUGGGAUUUUGGACGGUGAAGUUGUAUCGGGAGAUGGAGGUGUGGAUACCAGUGUUGCCCAAUUUGUGUAAUGGGUCAUGCGUGCUAUGCUGCCACAUGUAUUUUUCAAGUCAAGUGUUAUUCUGAUAUAUUACUUCAGAACACAAUAGAUACUCCUUUGGCUAUGGUAGCUUUGUUUCAGAAAGAUUGCUCAAGUUUAUUCUUAGCAUAAAGGUUCACAAUAGGUAUAUUUGUUCACUUGCAUUCUCUUUCUGAAUCUUGGAUAAAUUGUUCUUACAUUCUAAACUCAGUUGUUGCAUAGUUUGAGAGUGAGAUUUUCACAAAAAUAUGUUGCACUUACGCAUGAAAAUCUUUGUGAUUCAAAGUAAGAGACUGGCCACUGCGGGUUAGGGACGUCCAAUGCAUGGAUGAGCUGAUUUUCUUAGUUUUGGAAGUGGACUGUGGAACAGUGCUAAGUCUCCUUACGGUCUAAUUUUCAUAUGAUUUUACAUUGUUUGUUUAAGGGAAAAUCUCCAUCGUUCAUCUUAUGAUUAAUUAUUUUGUCGCAUAACCACAAGUGUCAAAAAACAUGUGAUGUCAGUCUUUGGUUGGCAGGAGGACACCAGUUGAAAGGCAUGAUUACUAUUCUAUACAUACCACAAGGACACGAACCGCUGGAGAAAACCAAUUAACAUUGAAAGGCUGGAUUACUAUUCUUCAAGCCACAUGAAGCAUAAUAAAUUUAAGAAGAAUGAGGAUUUCGUACAACAUUCGACGAGGGAAGGAAUAACAAUACUCCCUUCUUCCCCAGGAUUCGGUGAUUACUUAAUUGAACGUGUUGACAGAGUCAAGCUGCUUCCUGCUGAAAGUUAUAAUGAAAAAUUGGGUGGUGAUUUUGAUUCUACCGAGAACAAUCCU